AUGUCUCACUUAAACGACAGUAAUAAUUGCGCAGUUCGGUACUCCAAUUUGAUAAAGGACGUAGAAUCACUUAGUACAGAUGACCUGAAGACAGCUAUUCCUGCAUUAACAAACAUUUUGCGCAAAGGAAAAGAACUAUACUCAUCAGAAGGCAAUACUACGUUAGAUUCUCACCUACUCAGAAAAUCUAGUAAUGUUGUGGUUAGCCUCACAUCUAAAGCCACAAAUGAAAUAACCACGUAUGACAGACAUGAAUUAGCAUUUCAUAUCAGAAACCAUAAAAACUUGUGGCAAUUUUCUUUUCCGUAUGAAGUGCCUGUGUUUUCGUAUUUGUAUGGCACUUUUGAUCCCAACCCGAUCGAACACCGACCGAAGCAGCGUAGGAAAAUUAAUAGACAAAUAGCAGCUUCUGUGAAAGCUCCAGCAAAAGUGGCUAAAAUAAAAAACAACUCUGAAGAAAAACCUUCAGCCGCAGUGGAAUUACACAAUUAUUUGAAAACUAAGUGCACAAAUAGCACGUGUAGUUAUUUUCAUUUGGUCUUGGACCCCACAAGUUUUACGCGAACCAUUGAGAAUAUAUAUAAUGUGUCGAUUCUAAUCAAAGAUAAUUUGGUCGGUAUUUUUGUUGAUGCGGAUACAGGAUUGCCAUUUUUGAAUUGUGUCCAAAAAGGGAAACGACCACAGAACACUGGGGAGAAGCAGUUUAUAGAAUCCAUUGAUAAGAAGCGGUGGGCUGAUUUGAUCGAAGCCUUUGGUAUAAAGGAGCCUUUGCGUCAAGUGGAAGAUGAGGAAUAUGGCACGUCUGACGAAAAC